AUGAGAACCGUCCCUUUCAACUUGCCGUUUAAGAAUUCGUCUCUUACUUUGGGCUUAACGUUGAAUAGGGGUUGUGUCCUACGCAGAUUAAUGGAUAUCGAUCAAGAUAUACAAGUCAACAGUGCUAUGAUUUUGGUCCUUCCGCUCCCCCUCGCCCUGUCCUUCGACGUAUCUAAUUAUAUUGAAGGUAGCGUCAUUACUACCGUGGUUAUCGACAAUGCCAUUGUUAGCUUCGUCCAAGAAUUCCAGGCUGAGAAGAAAGUGGGCUCUCUCCGCGCACUUUCAUCGCCAACAGCCACAGUUCUCCGCAAUGGGGGUGUUAGGGUGAUUCCUUCUGUGGAAAUCGUGCCCGGAGAUGUGGUUAUUGUCAAGAGGGACGACAAAGUCCCGAUCUAAUGAAGGAUCUUCGAGUCAAUGAAUUUGGAAUGUGAUGAGAAGAUCUUGGC